CAUAGAGAGCGACUCCAGGGAACGAAGAGCGGACACAUAAGACACCAACGAGUGAUAACAGAGCGUCAUCCGGACAUCCGGUGCCGCUGACGCAUGCGCAGGAGCUGUACCCGGCGCUGUCAUCUCCUGGAGAGGCGGAAGCGUCUGUAGUAGAUCGCUGACUUGUCGCCGGCACCGACCGUCCGGUUACCGCCAGACAUGGCCAAGCCACGACUGACCGGAGCCGCCACCACAGCGCAGGAUAAGAGCCAGAGUCACCGGACGGAGGAGGAGAAACUAAUCCGAGGGAAGGUGCACUCCGAGGGGGGGUCAGCUCGCACUUCCUUCCUCUUAUUGGUAUCGAUCUUCCUCUCUGCGGCCUUUGUCAUGUAUUUGGUCUACAAGCACUUCCCACAGCUUAGUGAGGAAGAGAGGGAGCAGAUCAAGAUACCAAGGGACAUGGAUGAUGCCAAGGCCCUGGGAAUAGUGCUUUCCAAGUACAAGGACACCUUCUACGUGGAAGUCUUAGUGGCUUAUUUCACCACUUACAUAUUUCUGCAAACAUUUGCUAUUCCCGGGUCCAUAUUCCUGAGCAUCCUCUCGGGGUUUCUUUAUCCUUUCCCUCUUGCUUUGUUUCUCGUGUGUCUGUGCUCGGGUCUUGGGGCCUCAUUCUGCUAUCUGUUAUCCUAUCUUGUCGGAAGACCGGUCGUCUAUAAAUACCUGGCAGAGAAAGCAGUGAAAUGGUCACAACAGGUAGAACGGCACCGGGAUCAUCUGAUUAAUUACAUCAUUUUCCUGAGGAUAACUCCUUUCCUGCCAAACUGGUUCAUUAAUAUCACCUCCCCGGUGAUCGGUGUUCCGCUCAAAGUAUUCUUCCUGGGAACCUUUUUAGGUGUGGCCCCGCCAUCGUUUGUAGCGAUCAAAGCUGGGACUACACUCUACCAACUCACCACAGCGGGAGAGGCCGUGUCCUGGAACUCCGUCAUCAUCCUCAUGGUCCUUGCUGUCCUCUCCAUACUGCCGGCAAUUUUCCAGAAGAAGCUGAAAAAGAAGUUUGAAUAAUUCCACCCCUCUCGCCAGAUCAUCUCAGGAUGCUCCCUUUGUGACUUAAAAAAAAAGUAUUUAAAUUUUAAGACUGCCUUUUUAUAUCGAAUGAAAAUAUUUUAUUUGGAACAUUUAGAUUCUUUUUUUAGGCCGACUUCUCUACUGCUCCUUGUGUUUCUGAGACCUGGAAUACGGUCCCCGUGCCUACUAAGGAGGACUACAGAAGAAAGAAGUUCCCAAUUGAAAGCGCCUUGGAAUGAUGACCUUUAACGGUUCUUUAACCUGCUGGGAUGGAAUUGGGGUGGAGUCAUUUGUGGGGUGGAGUCUUCCCCACGGCAAAUAACUUAUUCAGCGCAACGACUAACUCCUGAUUUUCUAUGGACCUGGUGCAGGAACUGUACUGAACCCCUCUAUACGUUAUGUGGAGAAGGAGUGCACAGAUAUAGUGUGUAUGAUGGAACACUGUAUAGAGGUUUUGUAUAUUGAGUAAUAGUUAUUUUAUAUUCUUCCUAGCUGUAGUAUACAAGAGUAUUAAGAAUGAACAUGUAAUGAAUCCACUGGCAGCUCCAAUGUCCGCUAUACAGAAGACCAGGUAACGUUCUAGGGGUACUGACUAACCUGAGCUUGGGAAUACACAGGGUUCCCAAUCGUCUUACACAUAUAAUACAAUUAGAGGCUGUCCUAAAAACAGGCUAACUUUAUAAGAUAGGUUUAUGUAAAAUAAUUUAUUGUUUAAAGGUCAAAUUCUCCUAAAUAAAUUGGGUAAUCUUGGAUAGUUGUCUAGUUUGCUGCUGGACCAUCCAGCCAUCUUGAAGGAAAA